CAUACUCGCAUUAGUGUAAGGAAGAAAAUUAAUCUUAUCGAAAAGAUAAGAAAACUCAAUAUAAGAAAUUUAUUGGGGCGAUAUCUUUAUUCCGCGUUAUAUAAUCACUUCAAAACACAUACCCUGGCCAUCAAUUACUGGAUUAUUUAACAUGGAGGCUGACAGAAGUGAUCCCCCACUAGUCUGGACACCAAAAGAAAAUUCUGGAUAUGAAAUGAAAAGAUUUAUGAAAAGAAUUGAACAGAAAUAUUCUCUGAAAUUUAAUGGAUAUUGGGAUUUUCAUAGGUGGUCAGUUGAAAACAUCAUUGAGUUUUGGUCCGAAAUGUGGGAUUACACUGGAAUCGUAUGCACAAAAACAUAUGACAAAGUAGUAGAUCUAACUGUUCCAAUGGAAGAAUGCCCUAAAUGGUUUGAAGGAGCCAGAUUGAACUACACGGAAAACAUACUAAGGCACAGAGAAACCAGAGUUGCCUUCAUAUUUGCUGGUGAGGAACAAGAAACUGAGAAGGUAACAUUCAAUCAAUUAUUUGAUGAAGUAUCGCUGUAUGCAGCUGCUCUGAGAAAGAUUGGAUUCAAAAAAGGAGACGUAGCGGCAAGUUACAUUUCGAACAAAAAGGAAGCAAUUUUGACAAUGUAUGCUGUGGUCAGUAUUGGGGGUAUUUGGACAGGAGCUUUACCCCAACUUGGUUCUAAGGUAAGAUACCCAUCUAUGAUACAUAUUUUUAAUAAUAUUAUUUCAUAAUCGGAUAUAACGAAA